ACUGCCCAUAGACUCAACACCGCUCCUUCGAUCAGCGCGGUUGGCUAGGUACGGUGCGAAAGAAGUUCAACUUGCGUGCACCAUGCCAGGACAAUCGACCCUCGUCACAGUGGUCUCGUGCGUGCUCGUCAGCUGCCUCGUCAGCAAGGCCGUGUCCACGAAGGGGUCCCAUGGGGACGAAGAUGAGCUGCAGGUGCCGAAGUUCCUGGGCACGUGGUACGGCGUGGCCGUUGCAUCCGACAACGGCGAGCUGCUGGCGCUGAUGCACAAAGUGAACAGCAGCGUGUACCACGUGGAGGAGGGUGCCAACGGCACGGUGGUCAUCCACGGUGCCUCCUUCAUGAUGGGAAUGUGCAUUCGUGAAACGAAGCACUUCAACCUGUUCGCAAAGGAGAAGAUCCUGAUUCCUUUCGUGCCCGACCACAGCAGCCAGCCCUUCUCAGACUUCGUGGGCGACACGAACGCCACCUACAGGUUCCUGAAGAUCAAGUACGAGAGCUACUCGGUGAUGCAGCAGUACGGGUACCGCAACGGCACGCGGGAGAGCAUCCUCUACCUGCUGGCGCGGAACCGCACGCUGCCACAGCGAGUGAUUACCGAGUUCAACGCCUUCACCGUCGGCAUCGGCCUGGACAAGGAGACCACGGUGGUGGUGCCCAACUCUGUCCUCUGCUUGAUAAAGGAGCCCAGGAAGCCGGUUAAGGAGAAAGAUUCGAAAGAAGCCAAAAUGGGAGAAAACCACGAGUCGAGCGUGACCAAUGUGCCUCAACCCUCCAAAAGCGUGACCAAUGUGCCUCAACCCUCCAAAAGGUUGAACCGCGACGCCGCGGUCCGGCCACGCCGAGCGGCGAUGCCGGAGUAGUCGCCGGGCUCCUCCCCACGCUGCCGCCGCCGCUGCCACCGCCGGCAGCGAGCAGGAGGCGGGUGAGAAGGAGGAGGAUGAGGAGUAAGGGAGUCGCUCGCCCUCUCUCGUGAUCAGCAGGGACGACGAGGAUGGAGUCUUUUGUCGAACAGCAGCACCCGGCGCUGUGAAAUCUUCUCCUUUCAAAAUCGCCGUCUCUUACCCCCCCCACCCCCGUGUAUUACUCCUUCACGAUUCCUGAGCAUACACUCACACACACACACGCUGCGCACACAAAUACAAAGGUCCCCCGUAUAGCCUGGAACAGACGGUUGGGGCAAGUGCUGUUGGAAGCGAGAAGCUGCAGCGGCUAUGAAGGGCAUGGCACUGUGGCGCAGCUACGCCCGGCCGCCUUUAUCUCCCCAGUGGCGAUGUUUACCACACACCGCACCAGGCACUCAUUUGAGGCUGAGUCGACCUAAGGGAGGCCCAGCACCGCUUCUGAUAAUCGUCACCGGUGUUG